AUGUAUUCUUACGCCUCCUCGUCCUCCUCCUCCUCCUACGCGUCUUCUUCUUCUUUCUUACCCUCCUCCUCUUCUUUCCCAUCUACCUACUCUACCAAUGAACAAUCCACAGCAUCACCAUCAUCUCAACAACAUGAACCCACCAAAUUAUCAUCUACCAUGAUUACCAUACCACGGUCAUCCUCUUCUUCUUCCUCCUUCUCCACAACCACCAACAGCAGCAGCAACAGCAGCAACAGCAACUUCAACAGCAACUUCAACAACGACAUCAACAACAAUAGCAAAACCUCAACCUCCCUCUCUCUUCCGCAUACAACCACAGGUGCACCCCUCCACCAACUUGACCCCCCUUCGCCAUCGAUGUCCAACACGGACCACAUACACACCGAUUCUUAUACCUCUACAGGUACUACUCCCUCCACUUCUACCUCUACUCCUACUUCUACCACAGGUAUCUCCACUGAUACCUCCACAGGUACUUCAACUCCUACCUCGGAUACCUCUACAGACACUUCCACUUCCACAGCCAGUCAACGCCAACCUCAAAAGUAUCACACCCGCCGUCGCCUCCAAGUCCGCCGCGCCCAGUCCUCCCACCGCCAACGAAAAGCCGACUACAUCAAGCGUCUGGAGCGUGAGAUUGCGAGUAUAAGGGGGAUGAUUGAUCAGAUGAAAGAAGACAUGGAAGUGUUGAGAGGGGAGAAUGAGGAUUUGGGGGUGAUGGCGGUGAGGAGAUGA